AUGAAGAUGUUCAUGUUUGUGGUCACGGUCGCGCUUCUCAUGGGCGCCAUCGUCGCACCGCGUGCAGGAUCCACAUUUUGCGCUCCUCAGGGUCCUCGCGAGUGGAAGUACGGAAGCUCCCAAUGCGUCGACGAGUCCCUCAUCUUUACUCUUACCACCCCAUCCCCUCAGUCCCCUUGCCCGGCCAGGAGACACCCAUCCGACUCAAUGGCCAUCUCGACUGAACUCUGCCAUUCCAUUCCUUCUUCCCCUGUCACGCUCCAACCGCUUCCACUUCCCAACUUCCUCAUCACUAUAUUAUCAAUCGGUAGUACGCUAACUGACACCGAAUGA